GCCCCCGCGAAACCAGACGUCAGUGGUCUGCGGCUGCAGCGUUUAGUUUUGUUGCUAGCUUUUGUUCGAAGGACGAUGAACUAGGCACCGACCAGCCACCAACACUACCACACACGAACAUUAAACGGCAUCAUAUACCCUGAGAUGAAGGUGAAGUCUGAGAUAUAGUGGACCUCGAUUAAAGCGUAAAGGAUUGCAGAGGAUCUCCGGACGGACACAAGCAUUUCCCCCCCCAUCACUGCUCCGUCCCAUCUCCCAACCAUCCUCUACUCCUACUGGUUGCGUGUCUCCUCUGGUUAUCAACAUGGCGACUAUGUUCCCCCUCUGGCAGUGCUGCUAAACUUCCAGCCUGGACCACCACCAUGGAGAGGAAACGCCGAAAGAAAGUAAUCUAACUGUUCAGGCCAUUUUCAGUAUGGACUCACUUUUGGAGCUGUGGACCUGAAAUGGGCCGUCUCAACCCCUGACCCCGAACCAGGUGUUUGCUGCUGCCGCCUGAACAAAAACAAUGGUUUGCACUACGUCACAACUCAAAAUGCUCCUCUUCGUGUGGGCGCCCGUGCUUCUGGGCCUGUUGGCAGGCUUCCUGCCGGCGGUGGGGACGGAGACGGAGGGAGGGGCCAAAUCUACUUCAGACCCUGACCACAACACUAAGCCCCUCCCUUCGCCAUCUGGCUCCAACUGCUCCCAGUUAACCCUCAAACUGGAGUUCUCCACCAAGGUGGUGGAACACGAGUACAUAGUAGCAUUUACAGGGUAUUUCUCAGCCAAAGCUCGCAACCUGUACAUCAGCAGCGCCUUGAGGAGCGCUGGGGACGGCGCGCUGGAGUGGCACAUCCUUCCCAGGGAAAACCCGGCCUCCGACUUCCCCAGCGACUUCGAGCUGGUCCACAUCCGCCAAGCUUCGCCCAGCAGCCUGCUGACCUUAGAGGACCACCCUUACAUCAAGAGGGUGACGCCGCAGCGCAAAGUGUUUCGCACGCUCAAAUACGUACCCUCCCCAGAACCAACUGCACCCUGCAAUGCCACCCGCGGGACCCAGAAAUGGCAGUCCUGGCAAUCAUCCCGCCCCUUCAGACGAACCAGCCUGUCACUCGGCUCGGGUUUCUGGCACGCCACCGGCCGCCACUCCAGCAGGCGCCUGCUCCGGGCCAUCCCCCGCCACGUUGCCCAGAUUCUGCAGGCAGAUGUACUCUGGCAGAUGGGACACACCGGCUCUGGUGUGAAGGUGGCAGUGUUCGACACAGGCCUGAGUGAGAAGCACCCACAUUUUAAGAACGUGAAGGAAAGGACCAACUGGACUAAUGAGAAGACACUGGAUGAUGGCUUGGGCCACGGUACCUUUGUAGCUGGUGUGAUAGCCAGCAUGAGGGAGUGUCAGGGCUUUGCUCCCGACUCUGAGCUGCACAUCUUCAGAGUGUUCACCAACAACCAGGUUUCAUACACCUCCUGGUUUCUGGAUGCUUUCAACUACGCCAUCCUGAAGAAGAUAGACGUUCUCAAUCUCAGCAUUGGGGGCCCUGACUUCAUGGACCACCCCUUUGUUGAUAAGGUGUGGGAGCUGACUGCAAACAGAGUGAUCAUGGUUUCUGCUAUCGGCAACGAUGGACCUCUGUAUGGCACCCUGAACAACCCAGCAGACCAGAUGGACGUGAUCGGAGUUGGAGGCAUCGACUUUGAGGACAACAUCGCCAGGUUUUCUUCUAGAGGCAUGACCACCUGGGAGCUGCCGGGGGGUUACGGCAGAGUGAAGCCUGACAUCGUCACCUACGGCUCUGGCGUUAGGGGCUCGGGGAUGAAGGAGGGAUGCCGCUCGCUCUCCGGCACCAGCGUGGCUUCUCCUGUGGUGGCGGGUGCCGUCACGCUCCUGGCCAGCACCGUUCUGAACCGGGAGCUGGUGAACCCGGCCUCCAUGAAGCAGGCUCUGAUUGCCUCGGCCCGCAGGCUGCCCGGCGUCAACAUGUUUGAGCAGGGACACGGGAAACUCGACCUCAUCAGAGCUUACCAGAUCCUCAACAGCUACAGACCUCAAGCCAGUCUCUCCCCCAGCUACAUCGACCUGACGGAGUGUCCGUACAUGUGGCCUUACUGCUCUCAGCCCAUCUACUAUGGAGGGAUGCCCACCAUCGUCAACGUGACCAUCCUCAACGGCAUGGGCGUCACCGGCAGGAUUGUCGACAAGCCCAUCUGGCAGCCCUACCUCCCCCAGAACGGAGACCACAUCGACGUGGCCGUCUCGUACUCGCCGGUGCUGUGGCCGUGGGCCGGCUACCUGGCCGUGUCCAUCUCCGUGGCCAAGAAAGCCGCGUCAUGGGAAGGGAUUGCUCAAGGUCAUGUGAUGGUCACCGUGGCGUCGCCUGCAGAGAAUGAUUCGGAGGUGGGAGGAGAGCUGACUUCCACGGUCAAACUUCCCAUCAAGGUAAAGAUCGUGCCGACUCCCCCGCGCAGUAAGAGGGUGCUGUGGGACCAGUACCACAACCUGCGCUACCCGCCCGGCUACUUUCCCCGAGACAACCUGCGCAUGAAGAACGACCCUCUAGACUGGAACGGUGACCACAUCCACACUAACUUCAGGGACAUGUACCAGCACCUGAGAAGUAUGGGGUACUUUGUUGAGGUGCUGGGAGCUCCCAUUACGUGCUUUGAUGCCAGCCAGUACGGCACACUGUUGAUGGUGGACAGCGAGGAGGAGUAUUUCCCAGAAGAGAUCACCAAACUGAGGAGAGACAUCGACAACGGCCUGUCACUCAUCGUCUUCAGCGACUGGUACAACACCUCCGUCAUGAGGAAGGUCAAGUUCUACGAUGAAAACACCAGGCAGUGGUGGAUGCCGGACACAGGGGGCGCCAACGUACCAGCUCUGAACGACCUGAUCUCGGUGUGGGGGAUGGCUUUCAGUGACGGGCUCUAUGAGGGAGACUUCACCUUGGCUGAUCAUGACAUGUAUUACGCCUCAGGCUGCAGUAUCGCCCGUUUCCCUGAAGAUGGGAUCGUAAUUGCCAAGAACCUGAAGGACCAAGGUCUAGAAGUGUUAAAGCAGGAGACCGCAGUGGUGGAGGGGGUUCCCAUCCUCGGACUGUACCAAACGCCGUCUGACGGGGGAGGCCGUAUCGCUCUGUAUGGAGAUUCGAACUGUAUAGACGACAGCCACAGACAGAAAGACUGUUUCUGGCUGUUGGACGCCCUGCUUCAGUAUACUUCCUACAGUAUGACGCCUCCCAGCCUCAGCCACUCCCACAGCAGAGUAGCACCUCCCACAGGCGUCGAGCGCCCACUGCCACAGAGGCUGGAAGGUAACCAUCUCUACCGCUACUCCAAGGUUCUGGAGGCUCACCUGGGAGACCCCAAGCCACGCCCCCUACCAGCCUGCCCCCAUCUGUCUUGGGCGAAGCCACAGCCGGUCAAUGAGACGGCUCCUAGUAACCUGUGGAAGCACCAGAAGCUUCUCUCUGUGGAUCUGGACAAAGUGGCUCUUCCUAACGUGAGGGCGUACCGUCCCCAGGUCAGACCUCUGUCUCCUGGGGAGAGUGGGGCCUGGGACAUACCUGGAGGGAUAAUGCCCGGUCGCUACAACCAAGAGGUGGGCCAGACCAUCCCCGUGUUCGCCUUCCUGGGAGCGAUGGUCGUCCUGUCCUUCUUCGUGGUCCAGCUCACCAAGGCCAAGAGCAAACCCAAGCGCAGGAAACCCCGCAUCAAAAGGCCCACGUACCUCCAGCAGCAGUCGACGACUGGCAAGAACCCAACGGUUUAACUGCAGCUUGGAGCACAUUGCUGGGUUUACCUCCUGAAACUGAGACGCUGUUAAUAAGGACAACUUUUUAUUGACGUUGGAAGUUUGAGAUUGGAGUCGUAACGAACUGUCGACGCAGACGUCGUGUUUUUAAACUCUAGCCUGUCGGACACGGACUUCCUCCAGGCGUCUCAUGGACGCUCUAAAAGUUUUUGUGCCUCUCGUCUGUUCAAGGCUGUCGUGGGUGUUAGUGUGUGUUUGUGGACCAAUGAACAGUAUUAGACAGUGUUACACACAGUGAUACACUUGACCCUAGAAAGGCCUGUUCCAGACAGUCAUGGUGUCUACAUUUCGUUCUCUCUUCUUUGACCAAACUGUUUCUUUAUGAAUGAAAUGUGUCAGACUUUUAUAUUUAUUUAAUUUGUUACCCUAACAACCUUGAGAAGUAAACACAACACAGGAUCACACUAUCAGAAUAAAAGCGUUGGCGUACUCACGCAUUCAAUCAUGCAGAUAUUUCCGGCAUGAGAGCCAUGGGAUUAUUGAGGCAUCUGUCCCUGGUUUUGUACGUCCUGCCGUCUCCGUUUCAAACCUUUUCAUUGUUUGUAUAUUUUAUAUAAUGACUGAACUCUGGCCAGGUGUUCUGCUGAUAUCCUCCUCCAUGAUCACACGGUCAACAAAGUAGCAUUGACAGACUUUGUUCAGAUAUAUCUCAUCAAUAAAAAAGCAUAAUCAAAA